AUGUCUUCGGCCGGCACUCACCAUACUGAUGGGGACGUGCCAUUGUAUUUUGACGAGUUUGCCUGUGAGGAACCGGAUUCCAAAGAGGACGCCGAUGACGAAGCAGAACCCGUAGAUCCCAGCUUUCUGCAACUCAUCGAUGAUCUUGAGGGAGUUGAUAGUAAUUCACCUGACCUCUAUUCCGUCUUGGGAAUCGCUAAAGAUGCCAGUUUGGCAGAGAUCCGUGCAGCAUAUAAACGCUUAAGCUUGAUUCUCCAUCCAGACAGACAUUCUUCACUGGAAUUUGCGGAUAGUUUUACACUUUCGUCUACAAGGGCCGUGGCGGCAGAUGCAGAGGCUGCGUUUCAGCGUGUCUCUUCAGCUUAUGCCAUCUUAAGCGACCCAGACAAACGAGCCAUUUAUGAUGCUUAUGGUCACGAAGGUUAG